GGGAGGGCAUCAUACGGGACACACACAUAUCCUGAUAAACACACACAUGGUCUUAUUACCCCAAUUUUACAGAGAAAAACAGACGGAAAGAAGAGGCUAAUAAAGGACUGUGACAUGCGCUGCCCUGUUGGAGACAGAAUUUCAACCAUGGUCUGUCUCUCUGGCCUGUUUGUGGUGCUUGCUUUCCGGAUGAUAGAUGGAGCUGCUCUGAAGCAGGACCCAUCAGCCGAGAGUGCUGCAGCUCUCCUGAAUCACUCGAUGGCGAUGGUGCAGCGGAUGGAGGCCCUGCUGGCCCAAGGCAAUGGCAGUGAUGUAACUCUGCGCAUACAGACUGUCAGUACAGAUGAGGUGAAGGUGAUCCAGGCCCACUCACUGGUGUUAACUCUGCAGAGUGAUGUGUUUGACGAGCUCCUGCAGACUCGCAACUCCACCAACCUGGUUCUCAAAGAAAGUGCAGACUGUGCUUCUGUCUUCGAUAAGUUCAUUAGGUAUCUCUACUGUGGUGACAUCUCUGUGCGUCCCGACCAGGCCAUCCCAUUACACAGACUAGCGAGUAAAUACCAUAUAUGGGCCCUGCAGCAAGGGCUUACCCGUUACAUGACACAACAUCUGUCCAGUGACUCGCCAACUGGUCAUGUGGUGAGCUGGUACCAGUAUGCAGUGCAGACUGGAGAUAUAACCCUAAGGGACAGUUGCUUGCUGUACCUGUCCUGGAACUUGUCAUCAGUCCUCCAGAGUGCGGAGUGGCGCUCCAUCAGUGAUGAACUUCUGCUGUCUCUUCUGCAGAGGUCUGAUCUUGUGUUACAAAGUGAGCUGGAGUUGUACGAUGCCCUGGAGGCCUGGAUCAGUCAGAACCAGCCUGCGGAUAUGACAGCAGAGAGUGCACUGCGGGCAGUCCGGUAUGGUAUGAUACCACCGCAACAUCUCUUCCGUCUGCAGAAGCAGUCCGCAGUGAUGCUGAAGUAUUACGAGUCAGUGCGUGAUCUUCUCUUUCUGACCUUUCAGUUCCAUGCAGCCUCGCCUGUCCAGCUGGCAAAGUACUUUGAUGUUAACUGCAGCCUCUUCAUGCCACGUAACUACUUGUCGUCAGCGUGGGGCUCACCAUGGGUGAUCAACAACCCAACACGCGAUGACCGCAGCUUCAGCUUCCAAACGCAGUUAGGUCCGAGCGGCCAUGACACGAGUAAGCGGGUGACGUGGAAUGCUCUUUUCUCACCACGUUGGCUCCCUCUCAGCGUCCGAUCAACCUUUUCCGAGCUCGGAUCAAUGCAGCCCACACGUACUGACAAUGGACAGCCACGUAUUAUUAUCACACCGGCCACUUCGAGUCCAGACUUUGCAGGUGUUAGUUUCCAGAAGACCGUAAUUGUGGCAGCUCGGCAGCAAGGGAAGGUCGUAGUGCGCCAUGUUUACAACUUCCACCAAAGCACAGAGGAAACUGGAGACUUUCUGCUAGAUGCUGACUUGCAGCGCCGUACAUCAGAGUACCUGAUUGACAGCUCUCUUUACCUGCACAUUAUAGUCAAGCCCAUUUACCAUAGCCUUAUAAUAGCCAGAAAGUAAAUGUGUCCAUUCUCCCUUUUGCACUGAAUGCAUGUCUUCUAGCUUUGAGGAUGUGUUAUCAUUUUUUAUUAUGUUGUACUAAGCCUCCAUGUUUUGUGCCAUGGCCUCAGUCAAAGAGCUCAUUGGCAGGUGGGGCAUUUACUGAAAACAGUGCACAGCAUCAGAGGUCUGUACAACCAUUAGCCAAUGCAAAGUUUGAUUUAUGCUGUAAUUCAUUCCCUGGAACCGCACUUGUACCAUCUAGUAAAUGAUGUAUGCUGGCUGCAAUAAUAUACUCUAUUUUCUAUAAACUUUAAUGUUUUCCUAUAUGUUAUUUUCUGCAAGUUUAUUGGUAGGGCAACCAGCUGCACACUUCCAUCCCAUGUUGUCUUAAUCCAUGUUUCAUGUCUUUCAUUACCUUGUUUAUCUGUUGUUUAUAGACCCUAAUUUUAAACUGGUGAUCUUAACACUUGAAAGUCUGUGUUGCUGUGUUAAUUUUGAUUAUCUUUAGACUGUUUCCAUAGAAAUGUCAGCAAUGUUAUCAUUUGUUUCAAUAAAGAGAUCAUGUGUAAAACUUUCAAAUCACAUUCAGAUUUAAUUAAAUCUUUCACAACCACAACUUA